CCUCGAGAAAUUGGGCAGAGGCAAAGUGCAAACCAUUAUACAAAAAAGGCUGAGAAACCCACAUAUUUCGUAUUAUUCGUAUUACGACGACGUUUAGAAAAGAAAUGUUGUUGUUAUCAUUAUCAUCACCCAUUGGAGUGUCAAUGUAUUAUUAGCGUAAAUUAAUUGUGGUAAAAAAAUUAAAGAGUGUCGAUUUUUAUAAACAAGUAUAUCAGCAUAUUCAAUAAGGAACAUCGUUUCAAGUCAAGUAAUCUUUUAUUCAAAAGUGUCAAUAGAUAUAUUUUACCCUGUCAACUUGUCCUCCGCAUUCCGAGGACCAAUUUAUGACAGCACGACACAAAAAUGUGAACAAUUGGUGGUAAAUGCGGAGUUAAUUAGUGUUGAAUGUUGUUAAGUAAUAGCACGUCAUAAACAAGUGGAAGCAAGUUACAAGUGAGUGGAAACAAUCUUCUGUAACAAUUAAACUUUAAUUGACAGAGAGAUAGAGAGACAACACGAGAAAUUUUAACUGGUUUGUAUAUAGUGGAUCUCUGAACUUUAAUUUUGUCCAGGUUGUGACUUUGAAAAGUUCAAUCACUUGGGUUAGCCAAAUAUUACAACAACACCAAAGAAAAAUCAAUUGUGACAAGCUUGGAGGAAGCACUGAAAAAUUUAUAACGAGUCUUCCUGCUAAAGCGGAUAUAAUCUAGAACUUACAUAUUGCUUGUUGACACUUAUGCCACUACUAUCAACUAUCCAUAAUUGCCAAAAGAGAAAGAAUAACUGAAAAUGCUUGAGCUGAAAUUUGGUCUGUACGAAAAAUUUGAACAUGUUUAAGACCCUGUUUAACUCGAUUUCAAAUGCUAUCGGACUGAAAGAGUCCAAAGCAAUUUCACUCACCUUUGAAGAGGCAAGAGCAAGAAUCACCGAUGCAGAAUAUCGACGCCUCCAUGAUGCGUUUAAACGCGUUGUUACUCAAAAUAGUCAUAUGUCCAAACAGGCAUUCUUCCGAGAAGUUCUCGGAGACCUGUUCCCUGUGGAUAUUGCAGAGUUUCUUUACUUGACAUGCGGAGGAAAUUCGAAAGGAAUUCUAUUCAAAGAUCUGGUCAGUGCUCUAGUUGUGCUCACGAAAGGAACCUAUGAAGAAAAAGUUAGAUUUAUUUUCUCCUUUUACGCUGGUGAUCAAAAUUCCAUUAAUCGAGAUGACUUUUUGCGAAUCCUGUCGGACGUUGAGGGAUAUCCCGCACGUGACAAUAUUCAUCGACUUUUUUGCUAUGGAAAUUCCGUGGAGUUUGAAGCUUUUACGAGAUGGAUUACAGAGAAUCGAAAUUCGACUUCAAUUUCUAGUUGGUUGAUUGGAUCCGACAAUUAUGCACCAUCAGUCGUGCCUCUGACAAAUGGUUUUGGCAGUAAUGGAUUUCAAUUGUCAGACGAUCACGAAACUCCGACUUUCUAUCAAACGCUUGCUGGUGUAACUCAUUUGGAAGAAGAAGAUAUUAUAGAACUAGAAAAGCGAUACUGGCAACUCCAAUCAUGUUCUCGAUCUGGAAAGAUGGAUGUAAAUACCAUGAUCCCUCUAGUUUGUCCUCCAGUUCCCGAAUCAAUUAUCCAAGGUUUGUUUGAUGCGUUCGAUGAAAACCGCGAUGGUCACAUUGACUUUAAAGAAAUGGCGUGUGGAAUUUCCGCUGCUGCACGUGGUCCAUUAAUUGAAAGACAAAAAUUUUGUUUCAAAAUAUUUGAUCAAGACAAGGACGCUUUGUUAUCUCAUGCAGAGCUAGCAAAGAUGGUAACUGUGAUGAAAUCCGUGCUAAUUGAAAAUUUAUCAGACAACCCAAAGGAUGAAGUAGUCGCAGUAUUGACAAAAGAAAAUGGUCUAAUUAUCAGUGAAAUAUUGGAAACGGCAACGUCUUCAGUUGGAAUUGCACUGGAAGAGUAUUUAGUCUGGUCAUUAUCAAACCCACUUCCAGAAGUGUUUCUAACAUUAAUUUAUCAGGUGUGCCAAGUGGUUCUAGGAUUAAAACCUCUGGAUCCUCUGGAAGAGUAUGAAAUUGUUACGUCGUGGUUGCUGCGUGAGGAGAAGCGAGGUCUUCAAGAAGGUCAAACAUGGUAUCUAAUUUCUAUGGAUUGGUGGAACAGCUGGCUGAAUUACACUAGUCCGAACCCCCCAGCGAUGAGUAACAGUGAUUCCGGGGUUGGAUCUAUUACUGGAAGUGGUGCAAGUGCUAAUGAAAUAUCAGCGUCAACAGAAAGUCGCAACAGUUCUGGGAGGAGUAGUGGAAGUUCUAGAAACUGUUGGUCAUUCAAAAAGUCAACUGUGGAUAAUGCGGUAGUGGCAAUGGACGUGAGUCAGAAUGUAGUUGUAACUGCAAUCAGUUCUAUCGCAAAAGGAGACCCAAAAUACGUAGAAGGCCAAGGUGAUCCUCCUAUGGGUGCGAUGGUUUCUCAUGCUAAAUCAAGUGCAAGUUCCUUAUCCCUUGCUACCCUAGAUAGCUCACGGUCCACCUGCAGUAGUUCCCCAAGUCCAAUAAACUCUCCAGAAAGUGUCCGUCGACAGUUGAAUGUAUCUCACCGUCCUGGAAAUGGUGUUCGAAGAAGAAAACCUGGGGCCAUUGACAAUUCUCAUUUACUGUCACCCGUUCAACCAAACCUAGCUCGAAUUCCGUCCAUUACCAAUGAAGGCGGCAGACUGCGAAGGGAUGUGAUAGAAGGUCGAGACUUCAAAACACUUCCAAAAAGUUUAUGGAAUGCUUUGCAACAAUGGUAUGGGGUUGGGGUUUCGCUUCCACGUCAGGUGAUCGCAACUGAAAAACAUUUAGAGCUGGAACUGUAUCCGAUCAUGGUUUUAUUGUUCCGACAUCAAGUUAUGAACGUACCUAAUACAAAGCCCACAGUUUCAUCGAAUGCUCCUUGGGCAGGGAUGGCUGGUGCAUAUGGUGCAGCCGCAAUUAGUUCCACCAUGUCAUAUGUCCAAAAUCAUAAUUUUAUGCCACCAAAACGAGUUUUAUCCUUCACUGCCGCCUUCAGUAGAACCGCUCGUCUUGCCAUUGUUUGUGAAAUUACUUUCAAAGCAUUGAAUCUAAAUCCAGAAAACACUCGCCUUGAUCUUCUAACUCCUGACGAUCUUUCAUUCUGCCUCGUGCUGGAAGAUGAUAAGCAGACGAUGGAGGAGGCUGGAAUUGGGGACAAGGCAAACAUUUUGAUAGAGACAAGAAAUAAAGAUCAAACAUGGCCGGAGGAAAUUGGGUCAUUGGCCAUGAGCAACAGUUCUGACGCGUUUCGCACAAGAACUAGGGCAUUGUCUGUCAUGAAUAUUGAAAAAGGACUCACGGGGCUAAAUAACUUGGGGAAUACCUGCUUUAUGAACUCGGCACUUCAAUGUGUGUCAAACACAAGACCGCUGACACUUUACUUUCUGAGUAAAAUGCAUAUGUACGAAUUAAACCGGACUAAUCCUAUUGGCAUGAAAGGUCACAUCGCAAAGAGGUACGGAGAUCUGAUUCAGGAACUCUGGAGUGGUACUGUCAAGUCAAUUGCUCCAUUGAAACUAAGGUGGACGAUUGGAAAGUAUGCCCCACGAUUUAGUGGAUUCAAUCAAAAUGAUGCACAAGAACUUUUAGCAUUUCUCCUCGAUGGACUUCACGAAGACUUGAAUCGUGUGACUGAGAAACCCUACGUGGAACUAAAAGACAGCAACAAUCGUCCUGACGUUAUCUGUGCUCAGGAGGCCUGGGAAAAUCACCUUCUACGUAAUAAGAGUAUCGUAGUUGAUACGUUCCACGGGCAGUUAAAGUCUAGCGUUCGAUGUCGGCAAUGUGACACAGAAAGUACUCGGUUUGAUCCUUUCAACUAUUUAACUCUGCCUCUUCCUAUGGAAAGCUAUAUUUUGUGUGACAUUGUUGUGGUUCGAGACAAUGGAUCUGUUCCUGUUCGAUACGGUAUUUUAGCUGGGAUUGAUGACCGCAUUAGUCACGUCAAAGCUAAGUUAUCCGAACUCACUUGCUCCGAUUCCUCUGUAUCCACUUCAUCCCAACAACAACUGCCAAUCAUCCCCGCCGAGAACUUAGUCCUCACUGAAAUUCGUCAAUCCCGUUUCCUUCACAUUUUUUCUGACAAUCAAAGGGUGAAAGGGGCCUUCAGCAGUCGCCCCAUUUAUGCUUUUGAAGUAAACAUUCCUGGAGUUGGGGAUAAUGUCAUCCCCUCCAGCAAAUCUGAAACUGAUCAACAAAUCAAGCGAAUUCUCACUUCAGUCAAAAAUGCAACCUCUUUGAAACCUUCUAUUGAACAAAAUAAUCCUACCUCAGGAGCAGGAACAGGGCCCUCCCAUUCUAGACAAAGUAGUUUAUCAAGUUGUGGAAGUAUGCAAAACUCCUACAGUGAAUCAUACAACAACAGUGGUUCAUUCGAUGAAAACUUUAUUGUGGUUGUACACCGAAAAUGGCUCCGUCAAGAAACGUAUUUCCUGGCGUCUCAAAAGUCUUCUCCAAUACUUUUUGGGAUGCCAUUGGUCGUACCCUAUACGGAAGGAAUGACGAAUUUGGAAUUGUAUAAACGGGUAUGGAGCCUAGUGGCGAGAUUAGUCAGUCCUCUUCCUCCUACAGAAGGCCCCAACAUCUCUAAUCACGCAUACGACUGCGAUGACAGUCUUGGUUAUGAGUAUCCAUUUGCUCUUCGAAUCGCCACACGUAACGUUGAAACAGUUUGUGGAAGAUGUGAAUGGUACAAAUUCUGUCGCGGGUGCACCAUCGCAUGCUUGGAGGAUGAAAAAUUAGAGAAACUCAAUUCGCAAAAAGUAUGUCUCGUCAUCGACUGGGAUCCCACAGCUCUGCAUCUUCGUUAUCAAACGACACAAGAAUUCGAACAUAUUGAACAUUGGAGUUUGCCGGACACAGUGGAAAGACUUUCUGAAAGUGUUGCUCUCAACUCUUGCUUGGAAUCUUACACUAAAGAAGAGGAAUUGAGCGAAGAAGAAAAAUACAUGUGUGCCAAAUGUGGAACUUUGCAAUUAGCGACAAAGAAACUCCAAAUUUGGCGCCUGCCACCGGUGUUGAUUGUUCACUUUAAGCGAUUUCAACAUGUGCAAGGACGAUGGGUCAAGUCUCACAAGGCUGUCGACUUUCCCUUCAACAAUUUAAAUAUGACCAAGUAUCUGGCCGACGUUCCCAGAAAAACUGCAGAAUGUGGACAAAAUUUGAAGGAUGCUCUCAGCACACAAGACAAAGAGUUGCAUCCUCUUCAAGAUUUUCAUCAACAUCGAUUGACAGACGAUGUCAAUCCAUUCAAAUUGGAUUAUAGAUUAUAUGCCAUAGUUUGUCACAACGGAAUUAUGGGAGGUGGUCAUUACCUAGCAUAUGCCAAGAACACGAAUGGAAAGUGGUACUGCUUUAAUGACAGCAGUUGCAGGGAAGUAACUGAAGAUCAAAUUGAAACAAGCUCUGCCUACAUGCUCUUUUAUGAAAGGAUUGGCGUCAGCUCGGAAGCAUAUUUACCUCGCAUUGACCCCAAAGCCGUUCAAAUCGUCACUGACGAUGAACUUGAAGCUGAAGAAAAUGACAUGAAAAAAAUAUGCGUUGCAUUCUAAAUUAACAACCAUUUCAUCGUGAAUCUUCAUCAUCAUCACUACAACAUAACCAUUCCAUGGAAUUGAGUGCUAUCACCAUCAUGGUAAACAAGUCCCGAGUGAUCAUCAUAAUAUAUUAUGCGUAUAUGCGUAUAGGACCCGACUCUAUAUUAUUAUAAUUACAAAAUUAUUAAGUAUAUAUAACCCUUGGAACCUUAAAAAGCGGUGUAUCCGAUACGUGAUCAAAUUUAUUAUUAUUUAGAAUUACUUAUUAUCGUGGCUCAACGUGUACAAACAGUAGAGAGAAUAGUGAAUUAUGUAUGUAAGCUAUUUUGCAAGCAUGAAGAGAUGGGACACGCCACUCUCAUGAUUUCUUCUUUUUCAUUUAUAAUUUUCUAGUUUAUGUAGUGCCAAUAACUACUACAUAGUGCGUACUUUUAUUAACGUGUUUUUAAUUUGACUUGGAAUGAAUUAAGUGAUAUGCUUAAACUGGAGCUUAUUUUUAACUUGUUUGGCUUAGGUUGGAUUAUUGUGUUAUUGACAGUAUUUGAGAGAAAGAUACAGAAAAUACUACAAGAGUUCUAUAAUUGCUACACCAAAUACCAGAGCUUUAUCCAGUAAAGUAUUUAAUGAAAUGGAUUAUUAUUAUUAUCGUCACUAUUAUUUUGUAGCCGUAUAAAAGUAAGGUUCGUCACUUCUCGAGAAAUAUACAAUCAUUAUAGCUUCAAGAGUAUGUUUUCAAACGUGAACAUUUAAAGUUCUGUGAGUGUGUCAACUGUAGGUUUUUUAUAAAGUUUCCUAUCUGUGAUUCGUUAUUUAUAAAUAUAUCGACUAUUAUAUAAUAUAUACGUUGGUCUACAAUAUUUAUUCAAGAGAAACAAAAAACACUGGUGGUUUAUGAAAUUACCUCAAUUUUACGUACACAUAUAUUUAGUUCAAUAUUACUUGUAAUUUGUAAUUAUAACAAAAUGGUAGUUUAGUUAGACCAGAAAUAUUUUCUAUCAGUUCAACAAGAAAAUUAUUGUAUGCACAUAUAGGAAAUCUCAGCCGGUAUUCGAAUUACGAAAAAGAAUCAACCCAGAUACUCUUGAAUGAUUGAUGCAUAAUUAAGUAUUGACUAAUUUUAAGUACCGAAGCAUAAUAAUCCGAGUAAUAGUACUAGAUAGUCAACUUUCCCAAACAAUUAUUGAUUAAAUAGUCAAUAACUGAAUCAUACGUAACAGUAAAUUAUAGAAUGCAAAAGUUUAUCGUGAAUGAUUUGAAUGACGAAUGGCUUUGCUAGUCCUAGAAUAGUUAACAUAAUAGGCAUUAGGCAUAAUGUUAGAUUUGUCUUAUAAAUGUACGGUACCACAUAUUCUAUUUUGUGACCUGUUUCUAAAGUUUUGUUACUUAUCAUAGUCCAAAGUUUCCAAAUAUAAUGAAUUACAUUGUACUAAUACGUUUAGCUUCAAGUGUGGCUAAGCGUUUGAAAAUAAGUUUACGAAGAAUAUCUUGAGUUAUAAUUUUUUUGUUCGACAUUGAGAUUUAGCAUCAUCCCGAGAAAGAGAAAUCACACACUGUGAAUGGAAAAACUAACUGAAUUUUAUAUUACUCGAGCUCAAUGGAAAAGGAAAAUUACAAAUGUUGUGCCAUGAUUUGGUAGUUUGUUUGUCUUCUUCAAAUUUAAUUGUUUCAAACGUGUACCUCAUAGAUACAUGUGUAACUGUGCUAUUCAUGUUCUUUGCAUGCAAAUUACUCAGAAAUGUGUAUCCUCAAUGCGAAUGUAUACAAAACGUGUAUGCAAACAUAUUACAAUCCAAAUUGUACAAAGCAGAAGAAAUCCAAUCGAUAAUACAACCACAGGCUUAUACAUAAUUUAGAAUCUAAAUUUUAGAUUAUUGUUACAGUAGAAAAUAGUCGGCAGUGGAUGCUAUAAUCUCGACAUGGUGUAAAUCUCUAAAAAAAACUGGGUUAUGAAAAACCCAACCUUCCAACAACAUUAUCAUGUUGAUAGAAAUUUAUACGUAUUUAGAAAUUUUAGUCGUACAUGUAAUCAAAUGAUAUGUAAUUCGUAAUUUAUUGGUUUCGCUGCUGCUUAUUUUUGCCAUUAACGGAUUGAAUCAUCCUUGUGUUAUCUAGUUGAGUUAAAGUUUUAUAAAGAAUGAAAUAUUUAUAAAAUAUUACAAAAAUGAAAACUUUAUUAUUAUAUAAUUAUGUACCAAAGCUAAAAGUGAAAUAUAUAUGAGUGAGGAUGGAUAAAAAAAGGUACGGGUCGUUUGUGCCAGCAAAAUUUUCCGAUCUCUGUAUUCGAAAAGCAUAUUACUAAAUUGUACUGCUUUUGAUGUGGACGAGAGGCGAAUGAUUAUUUAUUAUUCCAUGUAAUAUCACUACUAAACCGUGUAUGAUUCGGUUAAAGGAUCAAUUAUUAUCUGUACCGUAUUCGUACUAUUGAAAGUUAAACUGGAAAAAAUAAAAGUUUAAAUGGGAAUGAAAACAGCA